AUGUCCGCCAUGUCUAGCAUGUCUCUAGACGAGAGAGCCGCCUUCGUUGAGAAUAUUAUCCAAUAUGCCUUUACCAACCGCGCAAUCCUCUAUGAAGCCCUGCGUGCCGCCGGUAACCUCGUGUUGACUGGACGGCCCCAUCGGUCUGACGGCAACAAGGACCUAGCGCUAAUCGGCGAUGCGGUCCUGCGCUUGAUUCUUGUGAUGGACGGCUACGAAGCCAACUUCGGCCGCAUCGACCAGACCGUCCAGGCCCAAGCCAGUAAUCCCAAUCUCACACAGAUUGGCUUCCAAGCCGGACUGGAGAACUUCAUUCUCAUCAAUCCGUCUCAGAGCACUGUGUCGAACAACGUGAUGGCAACAACCGUUGAAGCGAUCCUUGGCGCUGUCUACCUCGAUAGCGACAUGAAUGUCCAGGCCGUUCGAGCUGUCAUGGCUGUCCUGAACCUGGGAUGGCCGGUUUGA